CUUUCUACGCGGGCUGGGUGUCCGGUAUAGAAACGUCUUGUUAAUGACUCGCAUUUCCCCGCCCUCCAGUCGCCUAAUGCCAAAACAAAAAGGAAUGCAGAAUGGGGCUUUUUUUUCGAUAGUGAAGGAGGCAGCAAGUGGCGAUUGAUGCGUGGUCCUUUCUCUUGUUUAUUGCCUUCCGCUCGCCUUCUCUCUCUCCUUUCCUCCGUAUGAGUGAGUGGGAGAGGGAGAAAAGACGAGCGUUAGGACUCGGGGGAAAUCUCCCCCCUUUCGCUUUUUCAAUCAGCUUGUCUUCUUCCUCAGAGCAGGGAUAGCUGAGGUUUCAGCCGCGUUCGGGAGAUUUGCUCCAGUCCCAACUCUCCGGGUUUAUCAAUGCAAGGGAUGUUUGCAGGACGCCCGGAGAACCUGCUCUUCUGCUGCUAUUGCCGCGGGAAGGGCAUAUGAACUCCCUCAAAGAAUGACUAGGAUUGCUACGUUUGCCAUUCUCUUGCAGCUGUUGCAAAGAACUCGGGGACAAGUCUUUGCAGGUGGUUGUUCGUUUGAUGAACAUUACAGUAACUGUGGUUAUAGCGUGGCACUAGGGACCAAUGGAUUUACUUGGGAGCAGAUUAAUACCUGGGAAAAACCAACAAUGGAUCCAGCUGUCCCUACUGGCUCCUUCAUGAUGGUGAAUAGUUCUGGGAGGGCAUCUGGGCAAAAGGCCCACUUGCUUUUACCAACACUGAAGGAAAAUGAUACACACUGCAUUGAUUUCCAUUACUACUUGUCCAGUCGUGACCGUUCUAGUCCUGGAUCCUUGAAUGUUUAUGUAAAAGUGAAUGGUGGACCUCAAGGCAACCCUAUCUGGAAUGUCUCUGGGCUUGUUACAGAAGGUUGGGUGAAAGCAGAGCUUGCUAUCAGUACUUUCUGGCCGCACUUUUAUCAGGUCAUAUUUGAAUCGGUUUCUUUGAAGGGGCACCCCGGGUACAUAGCUGUGGAUGAAGUCAGAGUCCUUGCUCAUCCAUGCAGAAAAGCUCCUCACUUCCUGCGGCUGCAAAAUGUGGAGGUUAAUGUUGGGCAGAAUGCAACAUUCCAGUGCAUUGCAGGAGGAAAGUGGUCUCAGCAUGACAAAUUGUGGCUACAGCAGUGGAAUGGAAGAGACACAGCAUUAAUGGUCACCAGAGUUGUCAACCAUAGACGGUUUUCUGCUACUGUCAGUGUAGCUGAUACAUCCCAACGCAGUAUCAGUAAAUACCGAUGUGUAAUCCGUUCUGAUGGUGGCUCAGGAGUUUCAAACUAUGCAGAAUUAAUAGUGAAAGAACCACCCACUCCUAUUGCUCCUCCAGAACUUCUAGCAGUUGGAGCGACAUACCUGUGGAUCAAACCAAAUGCCAACUCCAUCAUUGGUGAUGGGCCCAUCAUCCUGAAAGAGGUAGAAUACCGUACAACCAAUGGAAAUUGGGCCGAAACCCACAUUGUGGAUUCUCCCAAUUACAAGUUAUGGCAUCUUGACCCUGAUGUGGAAUAUGAGAUCAGAGUGCUUCUUACCCGUCCUGGAGAAGGGGGUACUGGACCCCCUGGGCCUCCUCUCACAACAAGAACGAAAUGUGCUGAUCCAGUCCAUGGUCCUCAGAAUGUAGAGGUUGUAGACAUCCGAUCACGUCAGUUGACUUUGCAAUGGGAACCUUUUGGUUAUGCUGUGACUCGUUGUCACAGCUAUAACUUGACAGUUCAUUACCAGUACCUAUUCAACCAGCAGAAAUAUGAAGCAGAGGAACUAAUUCAGACAUCAUCACAUUACACGUUGCGAGGAUUACGCCCCUUCAUGACCAUCCGAUUGCGGUUGGCUCUUUCAAAUCCAGAGGGAAAGAUGGAGAGUGAAGAAUUGGUGGUGCAGACAGAAGAGGAUGUUCCUGGAACUGUUCCCCUUGAAUCUAUUCAGGGAGGACCCUUUGAAGAGAAGAUCUAUGUUCAGUGGAAACAACCAAAUGAAACCAAUGGAAUAAUUACCCUCUAUGAGAUUACCUACAAGGCUGUUGGAUCUCUAGAUCCUACUGCUGACUUGUUGAACCAGAGAGGAAAAGUCUUCAAAUUAAGGAAUGAAACUCACCACCUCUUUGUAGGGUUAUACCCAGGAACUACCUAUUCAUUCACCAUUAAAGCCAGCACAGUAAAGGGUUUUGGACCUCCCAUCACCACACGGAUUGCAACUAAAAUUUCAGCCCCAUCAAUGCCAGAAUAUGAUUCUGACACCCCUCUGAAUGAAACAGAGACCACCAUUACAAUCAUGCUGAAGCCUGCACAGUCUCGUGGUGCACCGGUCAGUGUCUACCAGCUUGUUGUAAAAGAAGAACGGCCACAGAAAUCACGAAGAGCUGCAGACAUCAUUGAAUGUUUCUCUGUUCCAGUGAGCUACAAAAAUGCUUCAAGUCUUGACUCCCCCCAUUACUUUGCAGCUGAGUUGAAGCCAGUCAAUCUUCCAGUUACACAGCCUUUCACAGUGGGAGACAACAAAACCUACAAUGGCUAUUGGAAUGCUCCACUUUCACCAUUGAAAAGCUACAGCAUUUACUUUCAGGCUCUUAGUAAAGCAAAUGGGGAAAUCAAAAUAAAUUGUGUCCGGCUAGCCACCAAAGGAGCUUCUACACAGAAUUCUAAUGUGGUGGAACCAGAAAAACAGGUUGAUAAUACAGUGAAAAUGGCUGGAGUUAUAGCUGGUCUUCUGAUGUUUGUUAUUAUACUUUUGGGAGCAAUGCUUACAAUCAAAAGGAGGACCGGUGCAAUAGAUCCAAGAAGAAAUGCAUAUUCCUACUCCUAUUACUUGAAACUAGCCAAAAAGCAAAAAGAGACCCAAAGCAGCAGUCAACGAGAAAUGGGGCCUGUUGCUGCUUCAGACAAGACUGCUACAAAAAGUGCCACUCAUAAUGAAGACACUUUCACUUCAGGCUGCCAAGAUAUUAAUGGAUUCAACAAUAGCCAUGGGGAGAUGACUCAACCGACCCUGACAAUCCAGACCCAUCCCUAUCGAAGCUGUGACCCAGUGGAAAUGUCCUAUCCCAGGGGACAGUUCCAGCCAGCAAUCCGAGUGGCCGACUUGUUGCAGCACAUCACUCAGAUGAAACGGGGACAGGGCUAUGGAUUUAAAGAGGAGUAUGAGGCUCUACCUGAAGGGCAGACUGCAUCUUGGGACACCGCCAAAGAAGAUGAAAACCGCAAUAAGAAUAGAUAUGGCAACAUCAUCUCCUAUGAUCACUCCAGGGUGAGACUGCAAUUACUAGAUGGAGAUCCUCAUUCAGAUUAUAUUAAUGCAAAUUAUAUUGAUGGAUACCAUCGGCCUCACCACUACAUUGCAACUCAAGGGCCAAUGCAAGAGACAGUGAAGGAUUUUUGGAGGAUGAUCUGGCAGGAGAAUUCAGCAAGUGUUGUCAUGGUCACCAACCUAGUGGAAGUUGGCAGGGUGAAGUGUGUCAGAUACUGGCCUGAUGACACAGAAGUCUACGGAGAUAUCAAAGUGACCUUAAUUGAAACAGAACCAUUGGCAGAAUAUGUCAUACGUACUUUUACAGUCCAAAAGAAAGGCUACCAUGAGAUUCGAGAAAUUCGUCAAUUUCACUUCACUAGCUGGCCAGACCAUGGAGUUCCUUGUUACGCUACAGGUCUCUUGGGCUUUGUUCGACAAGUGAAGUUUCUCAACCCACCAGAUGCAGGGCCUAUUGUUGUGCACUGCAGUGCCGGUGCUGGGAGAACAGGGUGCUUUAUUGCCAUAGACAUCAUGCUUGACAUGGCAGAAAAUGAAGGUGUGGUGGAUAUAUUUAAUUGUGUGAGAGAGUUGCGAUCCCAGAGAGUUAACUUGGUGCAGACAGAGGAGCAGUAUGUGUUUGUUCAUGAUGCCAUUCUGGAAGCGUGCCUUUGUGGCAACACUGCCAUUCCUGUUUGUGAAUUCAGAUCUAUAUACUACAACAUCAGCAGAUUGGAUCCACAGACAAAUUCCAGUCAGAUAAAAGAUGAAUUUCAGACCCUUAAUAUUGUUACUCCUCGAGUACGUCCAGAAGAUUGCAGCAUUGGGCUUUUGCCAAGGAAUCAUGAUAAGAAUCGCUGCAUGGAUGUACUUCCUUUGGAUCGGUGCCUCCCCUUCCUUAUUUCUGUUGAUGGAGAAUCAAGCAACUAUAUUAAUGCUGCACUCAUGGAUAGCCACAAGCAACCUGCUGCCUUUAUAGUUACUCAGCAUCCAUUGCCCAACACUGGAGCUGAUUUCUGGAGGCUUGUGUUUGAUUACAACUGUUCUUCUGUUGUGAUGCUGAAUGAAAUGGAUGCUGCUCAACUUUGUAUGCAGUACUGGCCAGAGAAGACAUCUUGCUGUUAUGGGCCAAUCCAAGUGGAAUUUGUCUCUGCUGACAUAGAUGAGGAUAUUAUUAAUCGGAUAUUUCGGAUCUGCAACAUGGCAAGGCCGCAAGAUGGGUACCGUAUUGUUCAACACUUGCAGUAUAUUGGCUGGCCAGCAUAUAGAGACACUCCUCCUUCUAAGCGCUCUCUCCUGAAAGUGGUCAGGCGGUUGGAAAAAUGGCAGGAGCAAUAUGAUGGGCGAGAUGGUCGGACUGUGGUUCAUUGCCUGAAUGGUGGUGGCCGCAGUGGCACCUUCUGUGCCAUAUGUAGUGUAUGUGAAAUGAUCCAGCAGCAAAAUAUCAUUGAUGUAUUUCACAUAGUGAAAACCUUACGGAACAACAAGUCCAACAUGGUGGAGACUUUGGAACAAUAUAAAUUUGUAUAUGAGGUUGCACUGGAAUACUUAAGUUCAUUUUAGCUCAUCAGGGCAGGGAGCUAAAAAAUGCCUAAAGCUUUGAUGUUUGAAGGACACUGGUUCCCCACUUUACUUCAGAGGAGUAAUGGGCUAAAGCAUAUAUAGCUCUUCAUCCUUGAAUGAGAAAUCAGGUCAGAGCUGAAUGCCGGAGGAGAGAUCUGCUGCCAUCUGUUUUUAGAACAUUCUUGCCUUUUAAGCAACCUACUAUGGCAAAGCAAAAGGCAGGGUGGAAUAUUCUGCUUUCUAAUCCCUUCUGACUGCUUCUCCCUAUCAUUUUGGAUGUGUCUUUUUUUUUUCCUCCCUUGAUGCAAACAGGAGUGUGUGUGUGUGUGUGUGUGUGUGUGUGUUUGUAUGUGUGUAUAAAAUAUCAGCUCCACUUUCUGUGUUUCUACAAAUCCUCACUUUUUUUAAUUUCCUAUAUAAGCCAUUUUGCAUUAAAGGGAAGCUUCAUUAAACACAUGUUUGGCUUUCAGCAGAGCAAGCCUUUGUGUUAAGUUUUUCACAUGAAAAAGCCACCAUCAUAAAUGUGUGAUUUUUCUGUCAGCUCCUAUUGUCUUAAAAGCCAGCUAUGGAAUGAAGAAGCUGCAAGUUAAUUUUCUGCCUUGAUUAAUACACAAUGCUACUAGAUUUUGAAUGUUCUGCAUGGAUUGGUUAAAUCUUAAUGAUUCCUAUCAGCUGCAGUGCUGGUGAAGCAACUCUACAAAAUUGCACCUCCCAGCAAAGUACAUUGAGGUCACUCUGAAAUUAUCUUCAUGUUUCAAAUUAUUGUUCCUUUGCUUGGUAAUGAAGUUGAUUUCAUUUUAUCAUAAGUAUUUAGUUGUAUGCAAUGUACAUUUACAAAUGGAGUAAAUUGAAGGACAGGCUUAAAAUAUGUACCUUGGAGAUUAUUCUACCAUCUACACAGUCAAGAUCUGAUAUGUUAUAUGAAAUCAUAUAGUUGAUGGACUCAUUACAUGCCUCAUUAACUGAUGCGGUAGAAAACAGUGUUCUGAAAAAUCACAGGAAUGGGUGAUUGCAACUUCAUACCUUCUGAUGAACUGCAUUUUUAUGUAAGAUGUUAACGUAUAUGAGUUUACAAGUUAGGCUGGCCAAUCACAUUACCCAAACAAGGGACAUAAUGAUAAGCCUUUGAUUGUGAGAUGAAGGAAGAAAUAAGAAUAAUGUUCAUUAACCCAUGUGUUAGCUGUCUUUUCUGUAAAAGGUACUUUAUGGUAUAUUAUAAACUUACUCUCUUGCCUCAUAAUAACUACUGCAGCAACAAUAUUUUUUAAAAAUUAAUUUUGUAAAAGAAACUAGCCAGUAAUGUUAUGCCUCAUUUUCAAAAUCACAAUAGUUUUGUCUUUGAGAGGAAAGAUUUGGGGCACUUUAUGGGAAAAGGGAUCAAUGUUUUCUGUUAAAACUUAAGAAACAUUUUUCAGAAAUGAACACAAGAUCAUUGUCUUCUUUGCCUCAAGUCAACAACUGCAUUUUGAAAUAUGUAGAAACUGGAUAAUAUGAAAUUGCCAGAUUUUGUUUUAUUAUGAAACUGUCACUUGUUGAAAUGAUAUACCGGUAGCAGUUAUACAUUGGUAUUUUUAAACAUUUAGCUAUCCUUAAUUUAGUCAUUCCUCUUAAAAGAAAAAAGAGCCUCAAGCAUGGAAUUAAUGCAACCAUACACCUCUCCCAGAUAAGAAAUCUGUGAAGAAUGUGACAACUAAAAUUAGCUCAUAAGGUUUUUUUUUUAAAGUGUAGUAUCUCUCAGUAACUUUCUUCAAUGUGUGUUCAUGCCAUUCCCAAUUUGGAGAACCAACUACAUAUUAUAUUGUAUGAAUAAUAGGUAGCUGAUUCUUGUGCCUUUAGACUAAUGCAAAAGAACAAGGGGUUAGCUAAACUCUAUCCCCCCGCAAAAAAAGGAAUUUAACACUGAUUAUCACCAUAGAUUUCUUUCCUUACAAAUGCCUACAUCAUAUAUUUAGAGCACCUAUAUGCAGAAAUAGAAAUAUGGUAUUUCUCACUGAUAUCUGCAUUACACUUGUUCAUUAAACUGAUCUUGUCACAAGACUACUUAUACCUAUGAUUUUUUUUUAACGUCUUAUGCAUGUACAUAGUUGAUCUUGCUGAUGCUGAAAGAUUAUAAAGGGUCAGAUUGGGGUAGUAUUUAUGUGAAUCUAUAAAGAAAUUUUAGGGCUAUAAUCUAGAAUGAGAAGUAAAAAAUAGUAUUCUGCAGGCAUACAAUGACAAAUCACUUUAAUAUUACAGUCAAGACAACUAUGCCGUUAUGUCCAUGUAGUCGUCAAAGAUAGAGGUUUUGAAAGCAAUAUUAAUCUUUUUUUAUCAUAAUAGGCAGACUAUAAAUGAUUAGUGUAGCUAGUGUCUUAGUUUCAUUCUUAAUUUGAAAGUGGAGAAAUGUAUUUGAUUAUAUAUAGUUGGAAGUGGGGAAGUGAGAGAAGUCCAUUUCAAGUUAGGCAGAUUAAGCAUCUCAGAUAAAGAAGUCGGCACAAUCAGUGGGCUAUUUCUUGGUGCAACGCACAAAACAAGGCAAAAGCAAAUAGAAUUUAAAAUUUGACAUAAAAACAGGAAAAAAAGCAUUCAAUCAUGAAAGAAGAAGCCUGGAAUCAACACACACCAAAUCUUAGUUGAAAAACAGCUAAUAAUUAUGGAAGAGAAGAGUGUUUUGAUUAGUUGGUUGGUUGUCAAUGCAAACAGAUUGGAACUUAUUCUGUUGUGAUCCCUGCAUGGGUAUUUCCAUUUCUUUAUAUACUUUUUUUUCAAAUAAAAAUAAAGAUAAUAGGAAAAUUAUAGGGAAAGGAAUGAAGGGGGAAAUAGAAGUGUAGAGCAAAGAGGGGGGAAAAAGCAUUGACUUUCAACUUUGUUUAGCACAAUAAAGUACAAAAUAGAAUUACAGUUUCAACUUUUUAUGUUAGGAACUUAACAAGUACUAACCAUUUCUAUAAUAACAAACUAGAUGAAUUAGCAAAACUGAAAGUCAAAAGUUCAUUUUUUUUCUGUCUCAAGAACAAAGUUUAGAAACAGUUUCCAAGAAGAAACAGAAAUGGGUGUAUUCUUUUUUCUAAGGAAAACAGUCACUUUUCUAAUCUCUGCUAGUUUUGUCACUUUUUCAGGCUUCUGUAUAAUUUUAUAGGAUUCUGGUAUACACAAGGAUGCACAUAAAUUGGGUUUAAUUCUCCUUCUGCCCCACAUUGAAAAACGUUGUCUCAAAGCUAUUCUUGUUUCCAAUACAGCUAUAUGUAUAUAUUACAUAUAUACACAUAAUCACAUCCGUAACAAAAAUUGACAUCAGGAAGUGGGAUUUGUAAUAUCUUUGUAAAUAUUUAAAGUACCCAUUUUGAUCCUAAAUCUUGUUAUGUUAAAAGAAAAUUUCAAAUAUAUAGCAAAAAUGUCCUAUUUUGUUUGGCUUAUUUUUGGGGGGUCAGUAAGAAGGAUUCCUUUCCUUUAAGAUAUUUCUUCUAGUUGUUUCAGGAAUAACCAGGUAUUACAUGCAUUGAUUUUUGACAUUUGAAAUAUAAUGUUAAUUUCCAUUUUGAAAAAUAAAAAGGCAAAACAGCAAUAGCUACAAAACAUUAUAAUUUAAUAGGCACCUUUAAUUAAUUAUCUUUUUUGCUCUCUAGACAUAUUUUUGCAAGUUCACCAGCAUGAUAAAACUAUUAAAAUGUGAUAAAAGAAUUUCUGCUCCAAAUGUGCAAAUAAAUAAGGGAGAAGCAGCUAUAAAAGUGGUAGUAUCUGAAGCUACACAUGAAGUUCUCAAGGAAAUGUGAAAUGCUUCAGUGACAAAGGGUACUUAAUUUCAAGCAAGGCUGCUAUUUGUGUGUGGCAGUAUUUUCAUUUCAGAUAAUCUUGAUUACUGAGGAAUCUUCAUUGCUACUUUAACAGAAUAAUAGAAUAACAGAGUUGGAAGGGACUUUGGAGGUUUUCUAGUCCAACCCCCUGCUUAAGCAGGAAAUCCUACUGUAUACCAUUUUAGAGAAAUAAUUGUCCAAUCUCUUCUGAAAAACCUCCAUUGUUGAAGCACCUACAAUUUCUGGAGGCAAGUUGUUCCACUGAUUAAUUGUUCUGUUUCUCCUUAG